AUGCGCGACGAUUCGAGACUGAUAAUUAUCAGUCUCAUCGUUGCUGGAGUUAAACGACCACUUCGAGCGUUGUUGGAUUCGGGUGCAUCCAACAACUUCUUUCGAGCAUCAUGUUUGUCCCUUCUCCCGUCGACAGUUACGGUUCGAGAAGGUCCAGGUGACAUCGUUGUCAAACUUGCUGAUGGACAACCACAGCGUGUCCCGCGUAAAACAGUGGUUUUGCCGUACACGUUCGACGGCUUCCAAAGUAAUGACGAAUUUUUGGUGUACGAGAUGAAUUAUGCAUUCGAUUGCAUCUUGGGGAUACCGUGGCUGUCACGGUAUCAGCCGACGAUAGACUGGCUAUCUCGGUCCGUCAAACGACGAAGCGGUUACGACGUAAGUGAAGUUUUCACUCAUCUGUUGGUAGCGCCAUCCGAUUGGCCUCACGUCAGGGUCGUGAACGAACUCGCCACGACUAGAAGUCAGCACAGAGAGAGCGAUGGCCCUCUAUGUCCGGUAUGUUCAGUCACACUGAUAGAACCACAACACGAGGCGGUCGAACAGAGGUUCCCGCAAACACAGACAUCGGUCGAGCAGGGGCUCCCGAUUCACAACGAGACGGUCGAACAGAGGUUCCCGCACACACAGACAUCGGUCGAGCAGGGGCUCCCGAUUCACAACGAGGCGGUCGAACAGGGGUUCCCGCACACACGGACAUCGGUCGAGCAGGGGCUCCCGAUUCACAACGAGGCGGUCGAGCAGGGGCUCCCGCAUACACACACAACGGCCGAGCAGAGGCUCCCGAUUGUAACCGAGGUGGUCGAGCAGAUGCUCCCACAUACAUCUGAGGUGGUCGACGACGAGCUCCCGCCUCUUAUCGACGAGAAUGAACGGGCUGUGGACUUAAAUGUGAACGACGUGGUGGAGACAGAGCUCCCACGUCUAGCGGGGGGUACUUCAUCCUCCAGCGACAGCGACGUUCCAGCCUCAAGCAGUGGCUCAAGACGCAAGAGAAAGCGUAAACGCAAGAAAGGUGCACGCCGAUCACCAAGACGACGAAAUUCUCGCUCAAGCGCCGUUGACGAUGAUACUGUAUUGACGGUAUCCGUUUGUGCGCUUGAAUAUGUGGAAGGGUCUUCACAUCGUGGCCGCUACGUUGAGGUAGCGAGCCCUCCGUGCACUGUUGCAGAGAUCACAUCUCUAUUAACCCUACCAUGGAAAGAUUUCCUUCACGACCUCAAGUCCGGCGACAUCGAGCAAGUGUGCAUCAUAUCAGCCGCCGAAGCAGCUAGUGGAGAAGUUCUGGAGGCUCGCCCAAAGAGCGCUGAGCCCAAAUCAGCGCGCGAAGAACGUUUCGUGGCACAGUCUUGGGAAGCCCUUCGUGCUUCGGGCAACCCUGUCUAUGAUAUCGCGCGUGAGUAUGCCGACAUCUUUCCGGAGAAUAUCCCCGCUGAGCUUCCAGCGGAUCGUGGUGUGCGACACGAGAUCGAUCUCGUGCCAGGAUCGAAGUAUUGCGUGACGCGGCAGUGGCCGCUACCGCGUGACCAAGUCAUCGCAAUUGAUGAAUUUUUUUAG